AUGGGUUUCGUAGCACGCUUCGGUUUGAUCGCGUUAGGUAUCCUUAUCGCCUUUGGGAAUAAGUUGUACGAGGAACUCACCGUAACGCCACGUGUUCCAAAUAAUAUCGAGUUCUAUGAAAACUGGGGUCCCGAAGGCAGUGAUCCUUACGGUGAUAGUUUGGAUUUAGUGCCGUUUAACAUUUCGAUUUCGCAAGAUGUGAUCGAACGGCUGCGUGAACAGCUGUACGAAGGAUCGUCUUCAGCGGAAGGACUCGAGCAAACUGCGCUCCAGUACGGAUUCGACAGCAAACGGUUACAGGAAAUCGUGCAGUAUUGGCGAUCGGAUUAUUUGGACCACUGGGACGAGAGGGAAGCGUAUUUGAAUAAAUUCGAGCAUUUCAAGACCAAAAUACAAGGUCUGGAUAUUCACUUUAUUCGAGACAAAUCGAAAACGGUUGUCAAUCCAAAGCGGAUUGUCCCGUUGUUGCUGCUUCACGGUUGGCCCGGCUCCGUGCGGGAGUUUUACGAUAUUAUUCCACUGCUGAGCAACCGUACGAGCGAUAAGGAGUAUGUGUUCGAUGUGAUUGUGCCAAGUUUUCCUGGGUAUGGGUGGUCCGAAGGGACCUCCAGACCUGGUCUAAGUGCAUCCAAAGUGGCGGUAAUCAUGAAGAACCUAAUGGCUCGUUUAGGAUACAAACGAUUUUACGUGCAGGGUGGAGAUUGGGGCGCCAUCAUUGCAAAUCUAAUGGCGGUUCUCUUUGAGAAGGACAUUCUGGGUGUUCAUCUUAAUAUGUGUAUGGGAAGCGGAAGUCCUGUGACUGUCGCCAAAAUGAUUGGUUCACAUCUCGCACCGGGAUACUUCAUUGACCAACAGCACGUGGACUUUUACCGUCCGAUCUGGGCAAGGAUUGCAGAGUUGGUUCUCCAGGGUGGAUACAUGCACCUACAGGCCACGAAACCGGACCUCAUCGGUACUGCUCUGGAAAGCAAUCCGGUCGGACUAGCGGCUUAUAUCCUCGGAAAGAUCGCCACCUGGACUGACCCAUCUUAUCAAGAGGUUAAGGAUGGUGGACUUGAAAAGUACUACUCAAUAGAUGCCCUGCUCGAUAACGUGAUGAUUUACUACCUAACAAACAGCAUCACGACCUCGCAGCGACUCUACACCGAAACCUUCGAUGCGACCGAACUCGCUAGGCAAUACGAAUAUAUUCCCACCAAUGCUCCUGCGGCUUGUGCCAAAUUUAGACAUGAAAUAUUCCAUUAUCCCAAUUGGAUAUUGCGGGAACAUUUUACAAACUUGAUGCAAUCCAACCACUACGAAGAAGGUGGACACUUUGCAGCGAUGCAGCUUCCGGAAGUGCUGUAUAAGGACAUCGUUCAGUUCGUGAACCAAUUGUACGUACGAUAG